CAGAGAUGGGCAAGAAGACAGGGACAGGCAAGAAGACCAAGAGGAAGACAAGUGGGAGUACGACUACUACAGCCGCAAGUACUUCUUCUACUUCUUCUCCAGACUCGAACGUGACCGUCGUCCUCCUCGCUGCCCUCCUGCUCGCCCUCGCCGCCGUCGCCUACGUGGUCACCACCGAUGACGGCACUGGCGUCCUGCCGUCUUGCUGGCUCGGCAACGCUGGCUGAUGACACUCGUGAUGGGAACCAUGGUGGAAAUGGGGUUGGGCACGAGGUUGGCAUGGUCAACUUCGAUGAUUUGGAUGAGGCUGAGCUGGGCGGCAGUGAGCCCAAGCUCUCGGCCAAGGAGGAGAUGGAUCCGGUCAAGUCGCUACCGUACAAGGUCAACGACGCGCUGAAGCAGGUCGAGGCGCUGCAGAAGGGCUUUGCCGGCUUGAGCAACACGUAUCAGCAGAGAAGACUGAUGGAGAAGGGCUCGCUGCCGCUCAUGCCGCUCCCGGCCGGCAUGCUCGAGAUCAGAGACAAUCUGAGGAUCGUGGUCGAGCUUGUGGUGGGUCAAGUCAGCCGGUACAUCGGCCACAAGCUGCCUGGCUACUCGGCGUUUCAGGACAAGAACUUUGUGGCCAAGCUGGAGAUGCUCAAGCAGAGCAUGGCCCACCUCGACCGCAGCCUCUACCGGGUCGUCGCCGCCAUGGCCAGCGACGCCGACAUAUACGUCGGCGCAAACGCAGAGGCCUGCGGCCAUGCAGACUUUGCCAAUGUUCUUGUCGGUGAGGACUACGACAUCAAAGUCCGCAAGGAGCACGACGACGUCGACGCCCUCGUCGCCAUUGCCAUCGACAAGGUCGAACGCGGCCAGGCCUGCCGCGGCAUCGUCUCAAAGCAGAAGCCUGCCGCCGCGGCCGACAUUCCCGCCGUCUCGCGCCUGGGCCGGCGCCGUGUCGCUGGCCAGUAGCAGCCGCCUCAUUCCAGUCCGGCAUAGAGCGAGCCCAUUCCAGAAGGCCCAGCGCCAGUCGUCUGUCGGCGCCCUCGCGCCCCGCGUCCCCGUCCUCGCGCCCCGCGUCCGCGCCCUCGCGCCCUGUGUCCGCGCCCCCCCGAUCUAUAGCUGGUCGACAUGCCGCGGACCACUGCUGCCGCCGCCGCCAGCGCCCCGCCCCCACCACCCGCUCCGCCGCCGGCACCUGCCCGGCCAUGGUCGAUGAACGCGUCGAGAAGCUCCAGCUCAACGCCUGCGACCUUGGAGCAGAGAUGCAGAGUGAACUUGCCGGCGACGUGCGCGCCCAUCACCCGCGGCACAACCACGUACGAGCCUGCAGCUAGCAUCACCGUCGUCGCAACCGUCCUGGCGUUGGUAAACGUAGUUGCAAC